AUGAACCGCACAAAUUCUCCAUUAGAUGAAGCGUAUGCGACAUGCAGUGGAUUGGAUUUAACUUUAAAAGAUCAAUCUGUUUUGGAAUCCCAUGUACAAGCCUCAUCGACACCAAGACGAUUAAAUUAUAUCCCAUCAAAAACUCUUCACGAACAAAACGAUUAUUAUUGUUCAGAACAAUUUAACGCCGAAAAUAACUCUUUUAUCAUUAGUGAGCAUAUAAACCAAGUUCAAAAUAGUAACGAGUCUCUAGAGAAUAAUAAACAACUUGAUCAACGACUUGGAUUUAACUAUAGUUCAGGAUCAUUUAACAGUAAAGGUUCAACUGUUUCUUGUUACCACUCGGUGCAAUCAAAUAAUUUGGACUAUAGUAAAGAAACUGCAAAUCCUGAUAAACUAAGUCCCCUUGACUUACGUAUUAAGUCAUUCUCGGAUGAUAUUAACUUGAUUAAUAACAGAGACAGUGGAUAUUUAGUUAUUACUACAGACACCAAAACAGAAUGUGAAAUAUCCACCCAUAUAUUCUUAUCUAAUCAGGCGAUACCUCAGACAAAGCGUUCAAAUAUUGAAAAACAAACGGGUAGCUCCUUCAACAUCCAGUCCAUACUAGGAGUAACAGAUCAAUUUAAAGUAUUUUCUGAAACUACCAGUAAUACAGAUAGUAAUACAAAUGAUGAUAACAUAAAAAAUAAUAAUAUAGAGAUAAUAGAUCGAACAAAAACCUCAAAUUCUUUUUUCGAUCAGUUUCUAGUUGGUUAUUUGCAAGUAAUGAAUCCAUUACUACUGAGUUCACGUGGAAUUCAAAUGCAGAGUGUAAUUACACCACCACAACCGGUGGACACUACUGUAACCAUACAGUCUACAAAUUCAGUCUCGACGACACUCCCGUUAAAUGAAACAGGUACUGUGAAAUUCUCAGUUAAGCAGCGUGCAAAAAAGUUGAAUCCUACUACAUCAAUGUACAGCAUAACUAACGGUAUGACCAAUAGACAAUUAGACGUGAAAAAUAAUGAUCCCAUUCAUGGCAGUUUAAAACAAACGGAACGUAUUCAACAAUCAAUGAAGAAUGUUUACGAUUUGAGUGGUUCAUCGCUCUCGAGUGAAGAUGAUGUAAUAACUAGACAACGAGCCAAAACGUCUGACGUAGGAAAAACACCUGUUAUUCUUUAUUGCCCCGAACCAUCAGACAGCAAAACAAAAGUGAAGGCCAUGCUGGAACGGAAUGACCCGUGUUUAAAAUAUGUCAAUGAUGGAGCUGCGAUACGCAACCCAUUUGCUAUUGAUCGAAAAAUUCAACUGGUCCAUUUAACUUCACUAUUAUUUGAGAGACUAGUCUUACCAAAUCCUGGCAUUUUGUACAAUUGUUUGGAAACAAAAGAAUAUCAACUAAUGUUAAAAAUGAUGCUCAUUGGUUAUAAUUUAUGCAUUUUAUUGAAUUUUUCUUCAAAAUCAGGUGUCAAACUUGAUAACGGUACAUAUUUGUGCAAAGGAUGCAACCGUACAACUAAACGUUUAAGACCAAUGCAACAACACUUACUGUCACACAGUGCAAGUAAAUUCAAUCUGUGUGUUAAGUGUCUUAAAGGUUUCAACGAUAAGUACGAUAUGAAACGGCACACACGCAAACAUACUCUUGUACGCCCGUAUGUCUGUCCAGAAUGCGGACGAUCAUUUAGCCAGCGUUGUUCAUUAGAAGGUCAUCGACGCAAAAUACAUAGGAUUCAGUUGAAUUAUCCACCAAAUCAACGUCGUGAAAUAGUACGUGUUUGUGAAACCUGUGGUUAUUCAUGUCCUGAAUUAUAUGAUAUGUUACAGCAUACAUUAAAUAAUCACCCAUACAGCAACUGUUUACCAAGACUACAACGCCAAUUAAUAAGAUAUAAAGAAAAACUCCAGAGUACUUCACUUACAUCAGAUGAUGACAACCGAUCUUCAAAUAUACGAGAUACGCUAGAAGCAACUCGUAAUUGGUCUUGCAUAUCACCAUUUUCAAACAAUCAUAAUUUCACUUAA